CGGCCAGUCCCGCAGGGCAGGUGAGGCUUGGCAGUCCGGUUCCUGCGCUUGGAGGACAGAUGUGUCCGGGCGUCGGCGCUCACGGACCCGAGACCAAGUGAAGCUUUCGGAAAAGGCAAGACGGCGGCCGGGAGAUGUCCGCGGAGAACCCCUGCGCCUCCGGCGCGCCCGAUGCUCCCUGCGCCCCCGGUGCGCCCGAUGCUCCCUGUGCCCCCGAUGCUCCCUGUGCCCAGGGACCGCCGCGCGCGCCCGGCCCGGAGCCACGCCUGGCCCGCCAGCUGCUGCCCGAGCUCUACAGCUUCCUGGCGCGCGUGCUGUUCUACCUGGCGCCCGUCUACCUGGCCGGCUACCUGGGGCUCAGCAUCACCUGGCUGCUGCUCGGCGCGCUGCUGUGGCUGUGGUGGCGCAGGAACCGCCGCGGGAAGCUCGGGCGCCUGGCGGCCGCCUUCGAGUUCCUCGACAACGAGCGCCAGUUCAUCAGCCGCGAGCUGCUGGGCCAGCACCUGCCGGCCUGGAUCCACUUCCCAGACGUGGAGCGGGUCGAGUGGGCCAACAAGAUCAUCUCCCAGAUCUGGCCCUACCUGAGCUUAAUUAUGGAAAACAAGGUCCGGGAGAAACUCGAGCCCAAGAUCCGGGAGAAGAGCGUCCACCUGAGGACCUUCACCUUCACCAAGCUCGACUUCGGACGGAAGUGCCCCAGGGUCAACGGGGUCCAGGCGCACAUCAGCAAGCACAACCGGAGGCAGGUGGUCCUGGACCUGCAGAUCUGCUACAUCGGGGACUGCAAGAUCAGCGUGGAGCUGCAGAAGAUACAGGCUGGUGUGAACGGGAUCCAGUUGCAGGGCACGCUGCGGGUCAUCCUGGACCCCCUCCUGGUGGACAAGCCCUUCGUGGGAGCCGUGACUGUGUUCUUCCUUCAGAAGCCGCACCUGCAGAUCAACUGGACGGGCCUGACCAACCUGCUGGACGCGCCGGGAAUCAAUGAGAUGUCAGACAGCCUGCUGGAGGACCUCAUCGCCGCCCACCUGGUGCUGCCCAACCGCGUGACUGUGCCCGUGAAGAAGGGCUUGGAUGUGACCAACCUGCGCUUCCCUCUGCCUUGCGGGGUGAUCAGAGUCCACUUGCUGGAGGCGGAGAAGCUGGCCCAGAUGGACCACUUCCUGGGGAUCCGAGGCAAGUCAGACCCCUACGCCAAGGUGGGCAUCGGCCUGCAGCACUUCCGCAGCAAGACCGUCUACAAGAACCUGAACCCCACCUGGAACGAGGUGUUUGAGUUCUUAGUGUACGAAGUCCCUGGGCAGGACCUGGAGGUGGACCUGUAUGACGAGGAUACUGACAGGGACGACUUCCUGGGCAGCCUGCAGAUCUGCCUCGGGGAUGUCAGGACCAACAGAGUGGUGGAUGAGUGGUUUGUCCUGAAUGACACAACCAGUGGGCGGCUGCACCUGCGGCUGGAGUGGCUUUCACUGAUCGCUGACCCUGAGGCUCUGACUGAGGACCACGCGGGCCUUUCCACUGCCAUCCUCGUGGUCUUCUUGGACAGCGCCUGCAACCUGCCGAGAAACCCUUUUGACUACCUGAAUGGUGAAUAUCGAGCCAAAAAACUCUCCAGAUUUGCCAAGAAUAAGGUGAGCAGAGACCCUUCUUCCUAUGUCAAGCUAUCUGUAGGCAAGAAGACAUAUGUGAGCAAGACCUGUCCCCGCAGCAAGGACCCCGUGUGGAGCCAGGUGUUCUCCUUCUUUGUGUGCAGUGUGGCAUCUGAGCAGCUGCGUCUCAAGGUCCUGGAUGACGACCAGGAGUGUGCUCUGGGAGUGCUGGAGUUACCCCUGUGCCAGAUUCUCCCCUAUGCAGACCUGACCCUCGAGCAGCGCUUCCAGCUGGACCACUCGGGCCUGGACAGCCUCAUCUCCAUGAGGCUGGUGCUUCGGUUCCUACGUGUGGAAGAACGAGAGCUGGGGAGCCCAUACACAGGACCUGAAGCCCUAAAGAAAGGCCCUCUGUUCAUUAAGAAGGUGGCCACCAAUCAAGGUCCCAAAGAUCCACCCCAGGGAGAGGGUCCUGCAGACUUGCCCUGCCCCCCAGACCCUGCUUCUGGUACCAAGGAAGCCUCCAAGAGCACCAUGACAGCCACCAGCGCCACCACUGCUGCCACCGAGCCCACACCCCAAGCGACAGGCCCAGAGCCGAAAGGCAAGGACAGUGCCAAAGGUUUCUGUGAGCCCAUGGGGGAGAAGAAGAGUUCGACCUCCAUCUUCCUGACUGUCCCAGGCUCCCACUCUCCAGGGCCCAUCAAGUCACCCAGACCCAUGAAAUGCCUUGCCUCCCCAUUCGCAUGGCCACCCGCGAGGCUGGCUCCCAGCAUGUCCUCACUCAACUCUCUGGCCACCUCCUGCUUUGACCUGACAGAUAUCAGCCUCACCAUUGAGGGCGGGGAUUUCAGGCCACGGAGGCUGGGCGAGAUUCAGCUCACGGUGCGUUAUGUGUGUCUGCGGCGCUGCCUCAGCGUGCUAAUCAACGGCUGCAGAAACCUGACACGCUGUACCAGCAGUGGAGUUGAUCCUUAUGUCCGUAUCUACUUGUUGCCAGAAAGGAGGUGGGCAAGUCGUAAGAAGACCUCAGUGAAGCGGAAGACCGUGGAACCCUGGUUUGAUGAGACAUUUGAAUUUUUUGUUCCCUUGGAAGAAGUACAGAAGAGGUCACUAGAUGUUGCAGUGAAAAACAGUAGGCCACUUGGCUCACACAGAAGGAAGGAGCUAGGAAAAGUGCUGAUUGAUUUAUCAAAAGAAGAUCUGAUUAUGGGCUUCUCACAAUGGUAUGAGCUCACUCCAGAUGGACAGCCCAGAAGUUGAUGAGCAACAUAAUCACCUUUAUAUUAAAAUGUGUACAUAUGUAUAGUCUGUAAUUUAAUUCAGAACCAUUUGAAAAUAUAUAUACAUACAUUCUUGUGUGAAUUUAACUGGAUAGUAUUAGGAAGAGGUAAACAUAAGUAAAAGCCAGAACUACUCUCUCUUGGUUGGAUUUAAUUGUUCAAAUCCCAAAAGAAAUGUGGUAUUCAUGGCUAAUCAAUUAUUAGAACCUCAGGAGUGAUUUUUUUCACUUUUGAUAGGUAAUUAUAGACCAUCUGACUUAGGCCUUGCCUGAAUGUGUCAAAAGUGCCCUAUCUCAGACAUAGGGGGUGGGGAGGAGGCUGCUUUUAUGAGACUAAAAGGUGACCCACCUCCAAAUUGCCAAAAGAUAAUACUACCUAAGCCCACUGCCACCUCUGGUACUCUUCUGCCUGGGGAUUUAUUCCUGUAUCUGAAUUGGAACUAAAAUGUAUUUUUUUCUGAUGGGGGGAACAAUGAGACAAUGAUAUACCUAAACACCUUGAGUUAAAUACUCGAGUGUGGAUGGCCUGGGACCAAACUCCAGCAUGUGGCCUUAUUUCCAUAGGAAAUGCAGGCCAGGUUCCAGACUCAGGUCUAUGUCUACACUCCCCUAGCAGAGCUGGACUCUGCUGCAGUCAGUGCCAGAGGGGCUUUCAGUAUCCUCUCAGACAGAUGUGGAAAUUCAGCUCCACUUUUCUAAGAGACAGCUGGUUCCCCUAAUAACAUGUAAAAAGCAAACCAUGUAAACUGUAUAUUUAAAUAAGUGCCUCUUUUGCAUUUCAAACUAUAAAACCAAAUAUUCUUGUUCUCAGCUGUGCCUAGAGCUGUUAUGAAGGUCACGUCCUUGUCUCUUUUAUCCACUCAGACAAUGCCCCGUUGCCAUCAGGUUUCUCUCCCCACUACUGCAUCCGAUGCAGCUUUUCUAAGAAUAGUAACAUCUUAAAGCACAGUUUACUCUGUUAUUCUCACUUAUAAAUUAUCUAUGAUUUUCUCUUUUCUAUAAGGUUAAAGCCCAUUUGCCUUUUAAACUUAACAUAAUCUAAUCUCCAAUUUUUUGCUACUUUAUUUGCUCUAUUCUAGAAUAGUCCAAAUAUUACCUCCUGCUUAUUAAAAUCCUACUCAGCUCUUAAAGGCCUAUCUCAAAUCCACCUCCUCCACUAGGCCAAUCCACACUGAAAUGGCCUCUCCCCACCACCUAUAGCAUACAAUACUGUCAAUACUGUGCAGUUUUCAUUUUAACAAUUCCCUGCUUAUAUUGUGUUUGGUAUUUUUUGUUUCCAUUUACUCUCCAAUUGAACUAUAGUGGAACCUCGGUUCUUGAACUUAAUUCAUUCUGGAAGGCUGUUAAAGGAGUGAUUUGUUCGAAAACCGAAUCAUUUUUCCCAUUAGAAAUAAUGUUAAUUCAAUUAAUCCAUUCCAGACCCCCAAAUGAUUCACUGCUUUAAUCUUUCUUAUAUACAGUACAUGUCUAAUGUACUUUUUAAUCUAUAAAUAAGCACUUAUUUUCUUAAAUUUAUCAAACCACCCCCUACUAGCCUUAAAUGAAUCACUUUCAGGUCAGCAUGCAGCAUCUUUAUUUGUUCAUUUAUCACUGCCUCCGAAAUGGCUGUCACUGACUGCUUUUUGUUUAUCCAAACCAACCGUUUUUCUACCUCUUGGCCUCCUUUAUGUCUUAAAAUUGUGCAAAUCAAUGACUUCCCCAGCAACAAAAGCAUUAUCUCUUUGUUGCCUGAGCCUUUCAUGCUGAGAUAUCAGCAUGAAAGGGUUGUCAGGUUGAAAACCGAAGUUUGGUUCCACAACCUAGACAUUUUUUCUGUGAGCAACUUGAUCAAGAGCAGAAUUGUUGGAGUUGGGAGACAUUGGAGAAAUGAGUUUUGACUAUAUAAGCUAUUUGAAUUGAUUUUCACCUCCAACAUCCAAGAUUAUGCUAAAUACAUGGUAGAUAUGUAAUUUGUUUCUGCUGAGAUUUCUAUCUUGAAUGACAAAUUCUCAUAAUAAAAUGGGGCAACUGAUGCCUGUCCUAUCUACCUCACAAUGGCAUUGUCAUGUUCAUUAAGUAGACAAAGGUCUUGAAAAUGGUGAAGUAAAAGGGAAUGUUACCAGAUAUCAUAUCCUGAAAUCUGGUAACCCUAAAACAACAGAUCAAAUUGGCAAAGCAGACAAGUGAAAACCUAUCUUUCCUCUUCCAAACACAUAGAAAACCUAGUUCAGUGGUUCUCAACCUUCUGGCCCUUUAUAUACAGUUCCUCAUGUUGUGACCCAACCAUAAAAUUAUUUUUGUUGCUACUUCCUAACUGUAAUGUUGCUACUAUUAUGAAUCGUAAUGUAAAUAUCUGAUAUGCAGGAUGGUCUUAGGCGACCCCUGUGAAAGGGUCAUUCGACCGCCAGAGGGGUCGCGACCCACAGGUUGAGAACCGCUGACCUAAAGCAUGAACAUUUAUUUUAAACAUGGUUGAUUAAAAAGUAACACAGGUAAGGUUAAAGAGGCAAUCUAAUGCAAUGUAUAGGAGUUGAAGGGGUGUUUAAGUGUUGAAGGGAACCUGAAUUUUAGCAUACACUAGCCAGGAGACAAGGCUACUUACUAUAUGAGGGACAAGGAGCCUGAAAAAUUUAGUGUCAUCAAGAAAAGACCUUUUCAAUAAAGACAAGGAAUUGGCUGUCAGCAAUGGGUGAAAACAGUCAGCUAAUCUCCCUUAUGGGUUCACAGGGUCUAAAGUUAACACAACUGACUUGGUAUGGGAAUCCCCCAAACUUGAAACAAGUGAAAACUGGUUUGGAACCUGGAACCAUGUGAAGCCCCGUAAGAGACAACCACAAACUGGCCCUUAGGGUUGCCUUUCCCAUCCAGGGCACGUGUGGACCACUGCAGCAGAUAACUCCCCUCAAGCAGCGGUUCUCCACCUUCCUAACGCCGCGACCCUUUAAUACAGCUCCUUAUGUUGUGGUGACCCCCAAUUUCAUUGUUACAAAUUGAACAUAAUUAAAGCAUAGUGAUUAAUCAAAAAAACAAUAUGUAAUUAUAUAUGUGUUUUCCGAUGGUCUUAGGCGACCCCUGUGAAAGGGUCAUUCGACCCCCAAAGGGGUCGAGACCCAGGGGUUGAGAACCGCUGCCCUAAAGGGAAGCUCACUGGAUAAAUUAUAAAAAGUAUAAUUUACAAAUAUGAAGCAGAUUAAACAAAAAUGGCCAGAUGUAUUUCAGCAAGAAGUCAGAAGUGGUGUGUGGGAAACAGUAGAGAGUAAAGAAAUCUGCAAAAUAUGUUGGUAACCCUCCGUAAGUCUUGAUUGUUUAAAAACAUACACAAGUCAAACAACUUGGGGUAUAUUAGACUAAAUGUGAAAGGCAAAACUAUAUAGCUAUAAGAUAAUAUAGGAAAAUAACAUUACAACUUCUGACUACGGAAAGAUUUCCUAAGACAUGAAGAGCACUAACUAUAACUAUCAAAAUUAGAUUCUGCAGUUCAUAAAAAGAAACUAUAGGAAAAUGGAAAGACACAAAAUGGAAGAAAACAUUUGCAACACAUGUAACUGUCAAAUCGCUCAUGUCCAGAAUAUACAAAUAAUUCUUAAAAACCAAUAGAAAGACAGUCCAACAGAAAAAUAAAGAUACAUAAAUGCACUUAAAAAAAAGAAAUAUAAAUGGCCAAUAACCAAAUAAAAAGAUGCUUACCUUUAUUAGUAACAACAGGAAUAAACAUUAAAAUAACAGCUCUAUACACUAGUCUGGAAAAAAAGUUUAAAAACUGAUUUACUUGGUAUUUGUUAGGAUAUGGAAAAGUAGGAACUCCUUUACAGGUGUUGCGAGUAUAAAACUGGUGCAACAACUUUGGAAAAUAGCUUGGCGUUUUCUUCUAAAACUGCAGAUACACAGUCCCUAUUAAAAGUAGCCACACUAUCAUCCCAGAGGCUCCAUUCACAUUGUUACCUAUAGAAAUGGUACUACCUCCAUUGUACAGUACACAGCCUCUGUGGCUACAUAUAGAAGUGUUUUCCCCUAAGAUCCAGCAGUUUUACUUCUUGGAUAUUGAUUCUAGAAAACUUGCACACAAGUGUACAAAGUUCCAUGUACAAGAACUUUCAUAGUGGCAGUUCAUAGUAGCUAAGAACUAGAAACAACCUAAAUAUCAAUCUCCAGUAGAACAAAUGGAUUGUAGAAUAUUCAUAGAGGAAUACUAGACAGCAAUGAAAACAAAUGGCCUAGACUUACACAACAACAUGGAUGUACAGUAAAAACAUAGUACUGACCAAAAUAAGAAAUGUUAAAAAUACACAUAUGAUUCCAUUUUUAUAAAGUUCAGAAACAGGCAAAAUUCAACUACCUUGGUUUAGGCAUACACACAAAAAUGACCAAACUAUUUUUACAAAAUAAACACUUCCUUACCUCUAAUGGUGGGUGGGGAGGCCUUCUGGAGUGCUUGUGAUGUUCUACUUCUUGGUUGUUGCAUGGUGUUCACUUUAUAAUCAUUUGUUAUACUUGACAUUUAUGGUUUUUAGCAUUUUUAACAUAUAUUUUACAAUAAAUAAAAGAUUAGUGAAAUAAAUGAAAAAGAAUAUCCAGCAACUAUUAAUUAAAAGGACAAGAUUGCAUUCAAGGCAAAAUGCAUUAGGAGCAAUAAAUAGAGAUAUUAAUCAAGAGGAUAUUAUCAACUAUGAAUUUGUAAAUACUUAUAAAAUGGAUUCAAAAUAUAUAAAACAAAAUUUGAAAAAUUCAAGAUACAGAGGCAGAGCUGCCUCAAACAGAUUGU